AUGGCGAUAUCAAAGUUGGACCUCGUGUUGAGCUUCACAGGCCUCUGCCUCCUCAACCUCAUCGCUGCAGUGGACUCGACUGCGCUUGGUGUCUCACUCCCGACAAUUGCCAACCCCCUCGGCGCCACGAGCACCCAAGCCUACUGGGCAGGCAGCAGCUUCGUACUUGCGUCGUCUGCCGUUCAACCAAUCUACGCCGCUUUCUCCAAUGCAUUUGGUCGAAGAACCCUUACCCUCAUCGCAUUGGCGCUAUUCACCAUUGGCACCAUCGUGGGAUCUACUGCACAGAAUGUGGCGUCUCUGCUCGUAGGCCGUACCCUUCAAGGAGCUGGUGGCGGAGGCUUCCUCACCAUGACUUAUGUGGUGUUGGUCGACUUGUUUACACUACGUAAACGAGCAAAUGCAAUCGCCCUUAUCGGCCUGGUAUGGCUCGUUGGCACUGUCGUUGGCCCGAUAGCUGGAGGUGCAUUUACAGAGUAUGUGACCUGGCGCUGGAUAUUUUGGAUAUGUCUUCCGUUCGCAGGGAUGAGCAUAUUCCUCAUCGCAUUCCUCCUGAAGACGCCACACGAGCCACUGCAGCUAGGCCAGGCUUUGAAAAUGGUCGACUGGGCAGGCGCUGUGGUCUUCACCGGCUGUCUCACAAGCUUCUUGCUGGCCAUAUCAUGGGGUGGGUCCAUGUUCGCUUGGUCUAGCUACCAAACGCUCGUUCCUCUCAUCAUCGGCGCCGUUGGCCUCGUCGCCUGGCUGUUCUACGAGCACUACGUUCCAACAUCGCCAAUUCUGCCACUCGUCCUCCUCGGGAAUCGGACAAACCUCGCCCUUUUCACUGGCACCAUAUUCAUGGGCAUCAUCCAAUACGGCCUCGUUUACUACCUACCGCUCUACUAUCAGCUCUCCAAGGGAUACUCACCGUUGAUGUCUGGCGUGGCCCUACUUCCACAAUGUGUCUUGUCCGGCCCUACCACUACAAUUACCUCAGUCAUCAUAUCAAAGACAGGAAAGUACAGGCUCGUCAUCUGGAUCGGCUGGGCGCUUCUGUCCCUUGGAUGUGGUCUGCUGGUCCUUUUGACGAACGAAACGACAGUGCCUCAAUGGAUCUUCCUCAACGCGGUAUCAGGACUUGGUCUCGGAUGUCUGUUCACCAGUCAAUCUAUGGCGACACAAGCAGCGAGUGAGCCCCAACACAUGGCUAUCGCGGCUGGCCUGAGCCCGUUCUUCAGGGCUCUAGGGCAGACUAUCGGGAUCGUCAUUGGAGACUCUAUCUUUCAGAAUACACUAAGACAAAAAGCAGACGAGUAUUCCAACAAUAUCACUCAACUUGGUGCAGUACUGGAUGGGCUGCCAGAGGAAUCCCAGGACAGGGCGGAUCUCCUGGCUGCGUUGAACCCAAGCUUUCACGCGAUCUGGUGGACUCUGACCGCAUUUGCUCUGGCAUCACUCGCGCUCUCAUUGUGUAUUCCGCAAUUGAGCUUAGACCAGUCUCAGCCCGUCGUGCCGAGCGAAGAGCCGGGGAAUGAUGUUGAGAGAACAGCAGAAUCCAGAGGCGUCCACCAGGAAGCUGAGAUCAUUGAACUACAGGAACGCCAAGGCGCAGAUGAAAGCGUCUAG